AUGAAUCCACCACGUCUCUGCCUGGAUGGCAUCCCAGAAAGUGACGUGAAAGAAAGAAGAGGAGAUACUCUCCCCAAAACCCCUACUGUGAACCCAUCACAAUCCGCUCCAGGAAACGUAACCCCUCUCAAAAAACGUGCCAUCAAAAAGAUUCUGGUUGACCUGCGACCCAUUCUGGAGAAAGUCACGGACCCCUUGGCCUCUGGGCAAGAGGAAAUGUUGGAGGACCCACAAAAGACUGGGUGUUCUUCACCGACCAUCGGAGGUUCCAGAGGUGAUGACCUCAUUAGAGCCGAAGCUCAUACCACAAAGAUGGCCACUGUUGAAGGAGGAGAAGGCCACACUGUGGAGAUGACCACAGUUCACUCCCAAGAGGAGGACAUUUCAUGGCCUCCAACUGUUGACCCCUUUAGAGCCUUCGAUUUGGACGCGAAGCCACACGAAGGAACCCAAUCGCAGCUGGGAGAAUCAACGCAGCUUCAGGGAAACAACUCGCCAGCUGUCCUGACUCUUCAACCCCAGUUCAAAACCCCGGUUUUCUUCCCCAAGAUAACCCCACAGCAACGGGCUCCGCUAGAGACAGACAAUUCAACAGAACCACCUGCGCCCCCCUCCCCAGACUUUCAGCUGCCUACCCAGCUGCUCUUACAGAGGCUACAGGAGACCACGACCAGCACGCACCACGUCCUGAUCACGCAAGUCCUGAGUUCGCUGCGGGAGGAGCUGCUGGUGCCCAGCCCGUGCGAUGGGGAGAAACGAGACACCUCCCCUGAGGCCCCUCAGACUAAAACACGGAGAAGCAGGGCUACAGAUGUCCGACGGAAAGAGCCAAAUGUGGGUCUGGAAGCCACAAAACGGAGGCUGAGGAAAUUCACCUGGAUUCGGGACAGGCCGCUCUACAGCACAGGCAGGGAAGAGCCCCACCCAACCCCAAUCUCCGAACUACCAGAUUAAGGGACAAGGACAUCACUGCAUUUGACCCAUUUCAUUGAACACCCCGAUUCUCAGAUGUGGACGGGAGGAAACCGCCCACAACUAACAUCCCGUAUUCUCAGUCCUCAGUA